AGAAAAAAUCCAAACUCAAAUCUCAGUUGCCGGUAAUGCUGCAUUGCUAACGCAUCUACUCCACCGUAGUUAGACCAAAAAAUAUAUUAAUUAACACAAUUAUGACUGAUAAAAGUCUGAUUGAUCGUCUAAAUUGGAUGAUUAAAGUCACACCACAGGAGAAUGAGAAGAAGACACAAAGGUCGUGGGGUUGGGGAAGUGAACGGAAAAGUUUAACGACUGAAGAGAAACUUUAUGCAAUAAGUAAUGGAUUUGUCGUGAAUGAGGAUGGAUUUAUGCCUAGAGAGAGGGAGCGGAAGAAGUGGAAGGAGAUUAUUAGAAAAUGUUUGAAGAAGUGCCCGUGGGGUGUGCCUUGGAUGAUGAUUGUGUUUAGUGUUGUUCAGCUUUUCUUCAACACAUUCAACUCAACAGACAGAACAUAUCAACUCCUAGCCUUCUCAUCAAACCAUAAGUCUGAAAUUUGGAGAUUUUUUACAUAUUCACUUCUUCAUGCUGGUACAGCUCAUCUCAUUAUCAACAUUAUCCUCCAACUCGUCAUUUCACUGCCACUAGAGACUGAAACUGGACAUUUUAGGACAUUUUUUGUAUAUUUUGGUGGUGUCUUGAGUGGUUCAUUGGCUGCUAGCCUUAAUAAUGAUGGAAUGAUGAUGGUUGGUGCUAGUUCAGGGAUUUAUAGCUUACUGAUGAGUCAUUUGGCUCAUGUUUAUUUGAACUUCCAAACCAUCUCCUACCGGUGCUAUCGAAUAGUUUUUGUAGUCGUCCUAACCCUCAGCGACGUGAUUCACUCGUUAAGUCACUGCCUUCUUAAUAACAAUGAAGAACCAAAGAUUCACAUUGUUGCCCACAUCUCAGGUGCCAUUUGUGGAAUUUUACUCGGAUUUAUAUUUUAUAAAAAAUCAAAAACUGACAACGACGAUGCCAAAGGUGCUGAAUAUUUUAAAUUAAUAUCAAUUGCAUGUUACUUGACAUUUGUUUGCUUCGUGAUUAUUGUACAUGUUACUUAGAUAAAUCAAUUGAACAUUUUUUUAUGAGAA